AUGGCUGACGCCGAGGUCGAAACCAAAUCCGGAGCUGAAGCGCUGGAUCAGGCUCAGCAAGGUGUUCUUGACCAGCAACACCAGACGGCGGACCAACCAGAACCAGAGGCUUCGACCACGCCAAGCGUUGAACACAGGUCACAAUUCCCGAUUCGUGAAGGCACUCCUGAGACCCAUGAGGGCAUGAAGUCCGGACCAACUGAGCCAGAAGUACAGAGUGUAGAGUGUGAAGACCUGAAGCCUCCCACGGAGAUAGAAGUCCCAGAGUCCGAAGCGGAAUCUGUAACGACCAGCGAAGAGGUGCCCGAGGAGGUGGUCAGUGAUGGCAACCAAGGCGAUAAGGACAAUGAGGCUGCUCAAGAUGCAGAGCAGAAUUUUUUCAUACAAUUCUUGGAUAACGGUGGAGGCCACAUCACACGACGGCCAUGGCACGAAAUCCUGGACCUUGAGACUGAGCGCGCGAAGAUGUCCCGUCAAACUGACCCUCCGGUAGAGACAAUCACGAUGGUGGCAACGAGCCUGUCAUCUGAGUGGCGAAGGCACAUGGCGCCUAGCGAACUCGAAAAUCUUUCUUCCGGCUUCCUCACGAAUCCCAACUACACAAUGGAAAUAGAGUUACUAAGAGUUGAUAUAGUGUCCGACCACAUCAAGCAGGCUUUGCGACAGAUCGUGACUUAUUCGCCUGAUUCUGGACUGUCUAACGAAAUCAUGUUCAUCUUCGCGCCCUACUGUCUGUUCUAUCACCACUGGGACGCCAUAAAAGCUUACCAGAGGACUUUCAAAGGUGCAAAAGACUACGACGAAAGCAGUGGAAGUGUUGACUCGAGGACACAAAAACCAGGAUUCAAGCCGUGCGAUGAAAUAACUUAUAAUCAUCUGACCGUGUUGAGGAACGCAAUCGAGUCCCAGAGUUUGGCUGCCGUCCUCGAGGAGAAGAAGCGACACGAGCAUUCACCUGCCUUGGCCACUUUUAGCAUGCUCUGGCUGCUUCUGAAGCCUGGUACGACCGUGUACACCAAGAUUCACGGGAAGCUGGCCGCAUGCGUCAUCAAAACAUUCGAUUUCUCCCCACCCUUUAGCCUUCGCAAAGAAUCAAACGCCUACAGGGUUCAACUGUGGCAUUUGCAAUACGAUGGGAAGGUCUUAGGUCGACACGAACUCGCCCGUUACAUCAGUGCCUUUGAGGGAGAGAAGAGGUUGAUCGAUCUUGAAAUCAUCCCUGCCGAACAUUAUGAUGCUCAUGAUGAAGGUUGUCUUCGCAAAAGCCUCGAGGCUCGCGGGGAGAAGUAUUUCAAGUUCAUCUCGGGCCCUCGACAAGUGUAUUAUCGUGGAGACUCUCUCGGAGAUGUGGUUUACUGGUACGAAGACAGGGCUGUUCUGGACAUUCAUGCGUAUUAUAGUUACGGGAUGUUCGGCGCCGGAUUACACCCGGGAGACGCAAUCAUUCGCCGUCCACUUGUCAGCGCAGUGGAUGACGAUACUGAUGACAUUUUGGACGUGGAAUGCUGUUCAGACAUCCAGUACGAUACGACGGCCAUCGAUAGCAUCGUCAUGCCUGAUGAGAGGAAGAUGAUUAUCAAGUCACUUGUGUACCGCUUCUCGGACAUUGAUGCAAUUAAUGGAAAGAUCCCUGCGCCAUGGACUGCUGAUUUCGUUCAAAACAAGGGAGAAGGACAAAUAUUCUUACUCCACGGGAGUCCUGGAGUUGGUAAAACUCUCACUGCUGGCAAGUUCAAAUACUUUGGGAGCUUUCUCUUCUUUAUGCUCAUCGAUGAGGCUGACAUCUACCUUGAGAAGAGGGCAACAUCCGACCUCUCGAGAAACAGUCUUGUCUCAAUCUUCCUCCGAACAAUGGAGUACUACAGAGGCAUUUUGUUCUUGACCACAAACAGGGUCGGUCACUUCGACGAUGCUUUCGUCUCCCGUGUCCACGUGGUCAUCCGAUAUGAGAACCUCUCUGACAAGGACCGUGCAACAAUAUGGACACAGUUCUUCAACAAACUCCAAGCGGAGCGGGGAAAAUACAUAACCAUUUCCAGGAAAGCGAAGAGAUACGUGUUGGAGGACGAGGAAGUCACCAAGAUCCCUUGGAAUGGAAGGGAGAUCAGGAAUGCGUUUCAAACUGCGGUGGCUUUCGCCGAAUAUCGAUUCGCGCAUACACCGGCUGACCAGAGAGACGAGAAGGCUUGUUUGGAGGAGGAGGACUUUGCCAAGGUGUGCGAGAUGACGGGGGCAUUCAAGCACUACCUGCGUUCGAUUUCUGGCAGAGACGAGUCGAUGCGUGUGAGGUCUGACCAGGCAAGAAACGACGGCUUCGGAUCCCGGAACUGA